GAACUGAUCGAAGCUAGGCCUGACACCCACACAAUUCAUUCAAAUCAAUUGCAGAAUUGCCAUUCAACAAAUCCAAGCCAACCCAUGAGGACAAAAAGACAAACAGAGAAAAGAUGAAAGAGAGAGACAGAUGUCUUCUUUCUCUGCUGUGAGUACUGCAAGUUAAUUGAGAUGGUAUUGGGAGAGUGAAACAAUAGGAUGAGCCCCAACUCUAUAUUUUUUCUUUUCUGGUUUGCUUUGUGCUUUAUUAUUGUAUGCAGUAAGAGGUGGCAGGUUUUUGUGUAAUGAUUUUAUGCCACCUCCUCUUAAGGUCGCUUCCUAUAUAUGUUGCAAUUUAGCCUCACAUACCUAUGCCUCAUUUUUUCCUUUGCAGUUUUCACCAGUUUUUCGCGAAGGCAUAAUGUCAGUUUCGUAGAGGCAGGUUUCUGGGACCAGAUUGAGACCUAUGAUUGCACAUUUGCAAUUUUUUUCUCUCUCAAUUUUAUUUCUCCUUCCAAUUAACCGACAAGAGUCCAGCUAUCUCUCUCUCUUUCUCUUUCUCUUUCUCUUCCUUUAAAUUUACACAUUAAACUUUGUUGCACCCCAAAGGUGAAGUAGAGAGAGCCCUUUGCAGGUUUUUUUUCCUUCUCACGCAUUCACUUUGUUGCAUCCCAAAAGACAAGUAUGGAGAAGAAAGGAAACCCUCUAUAACUCUCUUGCCACGCUUCAUUAAGCUCAAUCUCUGGUCUGCCCCCACACUUUCCUCUCGCUUUCUCUUGGUGGUCCAUAUAUUCCCAAGAGAGGAACUCUUUGGAAUACUGAUAAAUUUUGGUUGAUUUGAAGGGAAAGUAGGAGGGAAGAUAGACAAGGGAGACACAAGUCAAAAAUGGAUUGGAAUGGCACCUUACGAACCCUUGUUUCUCCACCAGAACCUUCUCUUAACUUCCUCUAUAACUAUAACUAUGAUCAAUAUCCAGGUACAGUCACUCCCCUCGGUCUCACCUUUCUGUCUUUUCUUUUUCUCUCACUUUCACUUUCUUCAUGUGUUUUGGAAGCAACUUUCGACGAAGUAGAAGGCUAGUUUCUUACUAGCAUUUCAUAGCAACAAACAAGCAUUCAAUUCAAUCUUCAAGCUUCCAAUGCUAUAUCUUGAAGUGUUUCUUUCUUUCUAUUUAUCUUUAUUUGCUAAUUAAGUUGCACAAUCCUAACUUUGCGAUCUUCUCCUUCUUCAUCCAAGGCAUGGAGAUCAAGCAUCCAGGUUUAGCAGAGGCAGCUCAAGGGUUGGUUCCAGCCUUGGACAAGAAUAUUUACAACAUGAACAAUCAAGAGAAGAAGAAGCGGUUGAGAAGUGAUCAGUUAGAUUCCUUGGAAAGGAGUUUCCAGGAAGAGAUCAAGUUAGACCCUGAUAGGAAAAUGAAGCUUUCCAGGGAGCUUGGACUCCAACCAAGGCAAAUUGCUGUCUGGUUCCAAAACAGGCGUGCUAGAUGGAAAGCUAAGCAGCUUGAACGGUUAUAUGAUGUGCUUAAACAGGAAUACGAUGUUAUCUCCAGGGAGAAGCAGAAGCUUCAAGAUGAGGUCAUGAAAUUGAAAGGCAUGCUAAGGGAACAGGCGACAACAAACCAAGUCUCUAAAGGUUACACAGAAAUCUCAGGCGAAGAGACCGUCGAAAGCACCUCAAUUCGCAGCUCUAACAAGCAAAGAGUAGUAGCACAUCACCAUCAUCAGCAUCAGAUCGCUGAAUGCAACCAUCUUUUCAAUGUGGAGGAGUAUAAUCCAGUAUCAUCUCCCUACUGGGGUGUGCAGCUGCCCUCUUAUCCCUAAUGGAACACUUAAUUAACUCGUCAAUAAUUGGUCACUUUAUCUUAAUUAAACUCUGUUUAAUUUGGGUUAGUCGU